UGAGAAAAGCUAACCUUAUAUUUACAGAGAAAGAGAGAGAGAAAGAAGUCCAGCUAGCGAGAGGAUAUCCAGCGUUGUUGUACCAGAUAUCCAGCAGCAGAGCUAUACCAUGGACUGGUCAGAAAGCAGCAAAGAUCUCCUAAUUGCCUUUACAGCAGAGACAGAAGAAUGGGCUACCUACUUACAAACUGUUCUUAAAGGGACUGUUAAAGAAAACAGCAUAUUCUUUUACUGCCUUGGAACUCUACAGCUGCAGCAAGCAGAUGCCCUGUGCCUUUCUGCUUACAAAUGCAAAUUACUUAUCGCAAGCAAAGGACUUAUGAAGCGACUGACAGAGAUCAUGAGGUUCCACCUUGCUAGGAUCCUGCAUCCUCCUGAAAGUGUGGUCAUUUUCCUUUGUGGUAUUGAGUCUACUGAUAAACUGUACUCGCUUGUACCUAUAGAGAAACGAUGCUGGGAGCUCUCCUGCGAUCAAGACCCUCAGGAGUUUGUACAACUUAUCUGCAGUGUGAUUCAACAAGGUAUCAGCGACCUAUUUUCAUUUACUUUAUUGUAUCCUUCAGUGAAAUUGGGGAAGGUGAAAAAGACAUCCAAUAACAACAUGAGUUUAUGGAUGUACUCGGUUUAG